UUGGCUUGUUCCCGUAGACAGGUGACAAGGACCUAUGUUCUUUUUUUUAAAAUGGUGUUUUAUGACCCUCAGAGGAAGCAGUGUUGUAAACAAGGACUUUUUUUUUUUUUUUUUUAAAAGGGUUUGUUUUAACCCCAUCAGAGGAAGCAGUAUUGUAAACAAGUAAAUAUGCUUGAUUGAAUAGAUAGAGAUAGGUACUUAAAACUCGUGUUUGAUCCGGGGGGUGUUUUGCGAUAGGUCACCCCUCCCCUAAGGCCGGAUGGUUUUCAAAUCAAGAUUAUGACACCCUCCUUUGUGUUAGGAGCAUCUCUCAGUCUGAUCGUUAGUCAAUGGGGGUGCUAUCUAUAACGUCACACACGCGCAUCCUGAGCGGAAACGUGCACCUGAGCGGAAACGCGCGUGAGAAAAAAGGAGCAAACGCCUGAGCGGACACGCCCACACGUGUAGGUAAAAAGUGAGAAUUUUCCGAAAAUUUGGCUAUGACUUCGCGUCUUUGGAUUUUUCACAACGGAACAGAACAUCUACGAUCUUCUAAGCAUUGAGAGCACGGCCUUUUCAAUAGAACAAGGCCAGCCUAUCUGACGCAAUUGUCUGUGAAAACGUAUCAAACAAACGCGACCCUUCCAGGACAGUUGUAUUGAGAUUAUUUGCCGGCGACGAGUCUUCUACAACGCACGUGCUAGGCCUAAGAACGGGGGAACAUCCGGGGUCAAACAAUCGCGGCCCUUCCAGGACAGUUGUAUUGAGAUUAUUUCCCGCGACGAGCCUUCUACAACGCACGUGCUAGGCCUAAGAACGGGGAACAUCCGGGGUCUAUCCAAAAGUCGAUAGCUGUAGUAACCCCCACAGCUCAGACCAGUUUUACAAACUACGGAAGACACCGGAACAACGUCUGACUCCGAUAGUUCAGAUUUUUUUGGAUACCGUCAUUGAAGGAGUAAGAAACUACAAUCAACCCCCUUGAAGAAAAUUCCAACAUUGGAGACACUCUCUUCAGGAUUUUUUCAGCUAAGGGAUAGAAUAACUGAAAACUUUGAGCAUGUCUACAGUGAGUAUGUUCAAUCCUUGCAUAAUACUCUGGAAUCCUUAAAUUGCUGUGUUAUGGUGAAUAAAAGAAAUGUUAAGACAAUAUUAUUUUAGAAAUGGCUCAGAAGCGUUCGAGUAAUUCUCCCUCUUCAGAAGCUAAAAAAAUUAGAAUUGAAAAUGACCCUACAUCAUCACAUGAUCUCUGCUUUGGUGAAACUUCGACUUUUUCAAGUAGUCUGUUACAACGUGAUCCGUACACAGCCCUGAAUCCUUUUUUAACCGAUGCAAUCAAUGAGUUGAAUGAUAGUUUACGAUCGACACUUAGACACGAUAUUCAGAGCCCCAAUCCGGGGUUGACCGAUAAUUUAACAGCGACACAAACACAGCUGCCUCAUCAUGACGUGUUCUUAGAAUUGAAUCAGAGUCUGUUAACGUUGCAGAAUAGUCUAAAUGAUCAAGAUCAACCUGUGCCGUUAAAUCCCUUUUUGAUAGAAGCUGUAAACCAAUUGAACGAAAGUCUUAACUUAUCUAACGAACAAAAUGUCGUUAAUGCAACAACUCCAGUAACCUAUCAAGAACCUGCAUCUCAACAAGAUUUGCUUCAUGGUCUUAAUCAAAGUCUUAUUUUGUUAAAUGACAAUAUCAUUAACUUAAUCAACCAACCUGUUAAUGUUCUGCAAAAUCCCGAAACUGAUCAUGUGUACAUUCCUGAAAUGGUAAAUGAUACAUCAGUAGACAAUGCGUCGCCGCCUACGGGUGAAAAUGUACCCUCAGAUCAUGUAGACAUUGCGUCGCCGCCCACUGGUGAAAAUGUACCCUCAGAUCACGUAGACAGUGCGCCACCUUCAGUUCAAAAUGUACCCUCAGAUCACGUAGACAAUGCGUCGCCGCCUACGGGUGAAAAUGUACCCUCAGAUCAUGUAGACAAUGCGUCGCCGCCCACUGGUGAAAAUGUACCCUCAGAUCACGUAGACAGUGCGCCACCUUCAGUUCAAAAUGUACCCUCAGAUCACGUAGACAAUGCGUCGCCGCCUACGGGUGAAAAUGUACCCUCAGAUCACGUAGACAAUGUGUCGCCGCCCACUGGUGAAAAUGUACCCUCAGAUCACGUAGACAAACAUGCAGCGAGCAACAACUAA